AUGCAGCUCACCAACUUGGCUCUGACUCUAGCUGCGGCUUUCUCCAUGGCCAACGCGUACGCAAUCUCUGGUGAUGGAGUCAACUGUCGCACCGGUCCCUCCACGAACGAUGCUGUUGUCACGAGCUACCCCAAGGGUACCGAUGUAAAGAUCACUUGCCAGACUCAUGGUGAAAACGUCAAGGGCAGCACUAUCUGGGACAAGACUUCCGAUGGCUGCUAUGUCACCGACUACUACGUCAAGACAGGCUCCAGCAGCAUGGUCACCGGUGAAUGUGGUGGUGGCAGCUCUGGCGGUGGCACCUCAUCCUACAAUGGCAAGAUCAGCCGCAAGGAGAUUAUCUCCCGUGGUGAAUUCUGGGUCUCGCGCCACAUCCCUUACUCCAUGAACGCCGAAUACCCGGAUCCUCAAGGACGCGAAUACCGCACAGACUGCUCGGGCUUCGUUAGCAUGGCUCUCCACGCAAAUUCUCCCGGCUACAACACCGUCAGUCUCCCUGAGAUUGCUAAGGCCAUCUCUUGGGAUGACCUCCAGCCUGGUGACUUUGUCGGUACCCUCGGACCCGGCACCGGCGGUGCUGCCGGCCACGUCACUCUGUUCCAUUCGUGGGCCGACAGUUCCAAGAAGGAGUACAACACUCUCGAGUGCCGGGGCACCUACGGCUGCGUCGCUUACAAGCGCGCUGUUGGUUGGAAGGAUGGCAGUUUCACGGCCAAGCCCUACCGGUACAUCCGUGUUGUGGACUAA